AUGUCCCAAACAAGACAAAUCGCUCCAUCGACGACGGUGGAAACUGUGCCCCAACGCGGCGGUGAAGGGUCGAACCUUGUGUUGAGGUUAAAUGACCCGGGCCCUUCGACACAAGAAGCCACCGAUCAAAACCACCACGUUCGUUGGGCCACCGACACUGUCGACAACGAGGGAAUGGGGAAAAAGAAGAGCAAAUGCUGCUGCAUCUACAAGAAACCAAAGAAGUGGGACGAGAGCGAUACUGAAAGUGAUUCGGAUAACGAGACCGAGCAUUGUCGUGGACACGUCGAAAAGCGAAGCGGCGGUGGAUGUGGAGGCGAUAAAUGCUCUUGU